AUGUCACCGCCGUGCGAAGCGUUCCCGGUCUCAAAGCUUGAGCUGCACGUCCAAGCUGAUGUCAAAGGGAAGAAGCGCAAGCUUCCGGGGGGCGCCGAUGUCGACUUGGCCAAGUGUGCUUUGAAGGAGAUGACGCAGUAUCGGUGCUUCGUCGACAACUCAAAGUCCCGAGACAGCCCGGUGCGAUGUUGGCCGAUACACCGGCUCUUCCGGCAGUGA